GGUAGAAGCAUCGAAAAGCAAGUGAAAAGCAAAGACUGCGAAUAUUAAAACAGAUUAUAAAUCGGCAUUUUUUUUUCUUAAUUCAACUGCAAGAACCUGCUUUCGACAUGCGCACUUGCAACAUAAAACAAUUCGUUCAUUGAGAUCACAAGUUCGAACGAAGUAUAGAACUGCGAGAAAAGACGCGCUUCCUGUUGUUUUGGUUGUUUUCUUCCACAAGACUUGAAAACUUAAGAAUAUGAGCGAGAAUAAAACAUUCACGAAAAGUUAAGAAAUAUUUAUUGGUAGCAAUGUGAAGAAAAUACGAAAUUUUUGUUAAGCAAAAAGAGUUACAAGAACUUAAAAAUCAUGCAGAAGUUACUAUGUUCUUAAGGUGACAAUGCGUGUUGGACUUUCAAGCAUCGUGCUCACAAUAUUUCUCUGCGCAGUCAGCAUCAAUUGUGCAAAAAAUGGAAUGCGAUAUAGACUAAAAAGAUCCCUUGAAAAUUUUAAAAAACACAAAACUAACGAAGAGCUAGGCUUUUCAAAAGACAAUGUUGAAGAGAAAUUUCCGUCAGAGAGGUUUAUAAAGAGCGAAGCAAAUGAUAUCGAAAAGCGCAGCCAUAUUACAGAUUCGAUACGACAUUUUACAGACGAGUCUGAAGGAGCACUGAUUGUCAUCGACGCUGACAAACAAGAUGAUGAAAGUAUAAACAAAAAGUCACGUGUUAGCAGCCAACAAAAGAGUGUUGAUAAAAGCCCAGGGAUUUCCAUUGUCCUUAAUAAUAACGGCAUGAAUGAGAAUGAGGAAAAAAAGGACGAAAUUUACAAAGAAAUGCAAGAUGGAUAUAAUAAUAUGGAAGAAAGGUUUGGAAGUUUUAUAACAACGCCAGCAAAACACAAACGCGUGCGCGUUAUAUUAAUCACCCCCGUGCAAGAUAUACAAGCUGGAAACGAACGGGACCGCUUGCCACAACCUGAUAAUCUCGACCAACUAGCUGAACUGGACAAAAACAGUUUGGUGUUGAGUGAAAGCGAUGGAGCCGAUAAUGUAAAGUUUCUGUCUGACACACCUAGAAAGAGCGAACUUGAAAUUGAUAUAGAUAAACUAAAGCAUGUAAAAGAAAAAUUAAAAUUACUUAAUGAAGAUGAUGACAAUGUUUUUGAAGCCAAACCAACUCUAGUGUUUCGAAAUUUAACAAAUAUAAACAAUACUGAUAUUGAAACUAAAAAUUUGUCUGCGAGUGAAAAACCAGCUGUGAGCAAAACGGAGCGGUUGCACAGUUAUAACGGAGGAGAGCAUCAAGAAAGUCCUAUCAUUAUUCACACCAAUCUCACGACACUUCACGAACGACUGCUUUUCCACGACAACGACGACGACAAUGAAAAACAUGACGAUUUCAUGCAGGAACAAAAAGUAAAAGCUAAUGAGAAGAAAAACGAUAGUUCUACGAACCACGAGGUAAAUUUUGAGUCACAAAACUCUACUAAUAUAACGAACACUGCUAAUAAAAUUGCUGAUGACACAGAGGACGAUAAUAACAGAAAACAUGAAAUUUCAAAAUAUGGAAAAAAACUUCACAUAGGAAAAGACGAUUCAAAAACGAACCCGUUCGACAAAUUUAUAAUAGAUGUACGUGAAAAUGCACACGAAGGGAAAUUAAAACCUCCCGGAAAUCCAAGCCCCGAAGAUUCGCAAGAUUUGAUGACGCAACAAAAAGGAGCGGUAUAUGAGAGUCCAACAAAAUCUUCAAGUAUACGUCAUAAAGACAAGGACGAACUAUCUAAAAAAGAAAAACCAGCUAAAACAAAGAACAAGGGGAUAAGUGAAGUGGUUUCUGUUCUUGCCUCAGGUGCUUCUGACGGUGAAACUGGAAAAAUAAAAGCAGCAUCCGCAUACCACCCUUCAAAAGAAACAAAUGAUGAGAAAAUUGUUCAACACGUUUUGAAACGAAAUGAAACAAAAUCUAACAAAACAAACGAAGAAAAAAAGAAAACUGAGAAGAAGGUGGACGAAAUAAAAUUAAAAGCAGAAUCUUCCGAACCUUCAAAACCUGUGAAAUCUGCAGAAGUUAAAACUGUCGAAAAAAUACCUGCUGCAAAAAUUAUUGACAGAAGAAAAGCCGAAGCGAUAAUUGAAUUUAUGAACAAGGAUCCAUUAGAAUCAUGGCGGUAUCAUUUCAAUACAUUAAAAUCGUUAGAUUUAAACUCCUCCAUUUUGAGAUCUGGUUUAGUAAAUGCUGGAAAUAUUGAACGUCUUAAAGGCGUUAUGAGGAGAGCUUUAGAAGGCAAAGACAUUACUCUAAGUAUUGUCGGUGGUUCAAUUAGUGCUGGAGGUGGAUUGUAUAAAGACAGAGGUAAUAUUGAUGGAUUAUAUUACAAAGGAGUUGUAGACUGGUGGAAUAAAAUGAUUAGUCCUCUCACUGGUUCAGAUAUGGUUGUAAAUAACAUUGCCAUAGGUUCCAUUGGCACGGACUAUUUUUCCUAUUGUGUCAAAAACCAUAUUGCCAACGAAAGUGAUAUUGUUUUGUGGGAGCUUUCUGCUAAUGAUUAUAACCGUUAUAAAAUGCAACCAACAAAGGGUGCUCGGCCGUUAGAAAGACUUACUCGUAUGAUUUUAGAGCUACCUAAUAAACCCGCUUUGUUAUAUGUGAAUUUUUUUAAAGGAGUCGAUUAUAAAGCAACUCGUGAAAGUUGCCCAAACUUUGAAGAUCAAGGCGAAGAUAUUAUCGCGCAUUAUUAUAAGAUUCCAUCCCUGAGUUGGAGAGCGAUGGUUUGUGGUGGUCUCGUUCGUAGAGAGACUGGGUAUAAUUUAGAUACAUUAUUUAGCCAAGACCAAUAUCAUCCAUCUUUAAGAGGGCAUGCGCAGAUGUCUUUACUUUUACUUCUUCAUUUACGUCACGUGAUGAGAGCUGUUCUACAGUGGGCCAUAACCCACGAAGGCUACAUUGAUAGAUUUGAAAAUCAAUUUGUAAUGCCAGAACCACUGUUUAUGGGGCCUAAAUAUCCAGAGCCAUUAUGUUGGACUCUUAUUACUUCGGAUCUUAGCGAACGAAUUACAAACUCUCUACAAGUUAGAGUGGUUAGAGACAAUGGCUUUAAGUUAGAGUAUGCCACAAAUUUUCCAAUUAGGUUUGAUAAAGUAAUUUGCUGGAAGGCUGAAGUACCGUCAGCCGAAUUAUCGCUUCAAUUCUAUAUACCAGAGACUUACGGCCAAUCUAACGUUAGGAGAAAACGUUCAGAGAUAGCGAUAACAACCCACACAAGAUGGGGCGGAUCUUCAACUAUAUGGUUGGAUGACCGAACAGACAAGCCCAUAGUUAUUAAAGAAGGUCGACCAAACGAUCCAGGUAAAAGAACUCAAGUAGACACUAUUGCUAAUGAUGUAGGGCCCGGAAUGCAUACAUUAAACGUUCGCGCCCAUGAUGGAGGCUUUUGUCUCUCCGCCAUUAUGGUGGAUGGCAGUUAGUAAUUUCAUUUUCUUAGUAUUUUUUAUAAUUUUUUAUUUGCACAUUUUGUAAUAAUUUUAUAGCUACUAUUGAGAUACGGUUUGAUAAUUGAAAUAUCAUGACGACUGCCACUCCUGAAAA